AUGAAAAGGACACCUACCUCCAGCUCUCGCCCGACGUCACCGAGGCAUCUGUGGUCCAAAGAGGAAGGCGGGAGAUCUCCGGACCCACAUCUGCGUCAGACCCGUAAACGGAGGCACUUUCUCAGCGGCCGAGGGAAAGGACUGGACUGGACCGGGACCGGGAUCGUGGAGCACAGGGGGUGCAACGGCGUGUGUGCGUUUGAAGAGCCAUGGAGGAAAGUACCACAGCUGCUACUCCACCCACUGGCAAAGGCCCCGUCCCCCCCACAGCACCACCAAAGCCCCCCGCCCCGCCCUGUCUGUCCCGCAGCUUGA